AUGGAGACUGUGGUGAUUGUCGCCAUAGGUGUGCUGGCCACCAUCUUCCUGGCCUCAUUUGCAGCCUUGGUGGUGGUUUGCAGGCAGCGUUACUGCCGGCCUCGAGACCUGUUGCAGCGCUAUGAUUCCAAGCCCAUUGUGGACCUCAUCGGUGCCAUGGAGACCCAGUCGGAGCCGUCUGAGUUGGAACUGGACGAUGUGGUCAUCACCAACCCCCACAUCGAGGCCAUUCUGGAGAACGAAGACUGGAUCGAAGAUGCCUCGGGUCUCAUGUCCCACUGCAUUGCCAUCUUGAAGAUUUGUCACACUCUGACAGAAAAACUUGUUGCCAUGACAAUGGGCUCCGGGGCCAAGAUGAAGACCUCAGCCAGUGUCAGUGACAUCAUCGUGGUGGCCAAGCGGAUCAGCCCCAGAGUGGACGAUGUGGUGAAAUCGAUGUACCCUCCGUUGGACCCCAAACUCCUGGAUGCGCGGACUACUGCCCUGCUCCUGUCUGUCAGUCAUCUGGUGCUGGUGACCAGGAAUGCCUGCCACCUGACCGGGGGCCUGGACUGGAUCGACCAGUCACUGUCUGCUGCGGAGGAACACCUGGAAGUCCUUCGAGAAGCAGCCUUGGCUUCUGAGACAGAUAAAGGCCUCCCAGGCCCUGAAGGGUUCCUGCAGGAGCAGUCGGCCAUUUAGUGCCUGCUGGCCAGCCUGCCGCCGUCCCUGGGUGGCUCAGUGGACCUUCCGCUUCUCCCCAUAGCGUGAGUUCUCGGGGGUUCAGCUGUACGUGCCGAGCUGAUGCCUCUGCUGCAGUAGCAAAUGCUGACUGGCGAGUGGCAGUCUAACACCGCGGUUCCAGGAGACGGCUUGCACCGUCUGCACAGCAGAGCCUUAGAGACUGGUAGACCGGCAGCUUUAUUUAGCCCACCUAGUGUUUUCAAGAAAAUUGAGCCACCAUCUAGAAAUCACAGGGUUUCGCCCUGAAAUCAGAGUUUCUGGCUUCUCUUAAACAAUCCGAAGAUAAGGCAACUCUGAAAUGCAUCUGCAGAAGACAAUCAUCUUGAACUCAGUGGGAGUUGUGUCUUUUGACAGGGCUUGUACUCGCUCUCUCUCUCUCACUCGCCUGGUCUGUUUCAUUUGUAUUAUCUGCCCUGUCCCUGGGGCAUCUGAGUCCCUCUUCCCCUUCCCAGGUUUGCCUUUGAAAGUGAGCAACGAGUUGAUUUUUCCUUGUCAUUGGGCCUGCAAUUUUACCUACCUACCACUAGGAGGACAGUACACUUACACUUAGACUUCUGUCAAGCGAGUGGUUAUUGACUCAUUCGAACGUAUGGGGUGCAGUGCGAUGUAUUUGAGAAGUCAGGGUGGGAGAAGGGAGCCUGAGAGUCCUGAGGACACAUUGUGCAUAUGACCCAAAAAGAGGUAUUUCAAGACCCUUCAGAGUUUAGGCGGAAGUGAAGAUCCCACCAUAAAGUAGUUUCCACAUGAGCAAUGAUAUCCGUGAAGGUUGUAUUCCCCCUUUCUUUUGGUUUCUGUUUGUUUUUGCAAAUAUUGAAAGACAAGGGGCAUUUUUAUGACAUGAGACCUUUGUGGGACCCAGAAUCCCAAUCAUAUAGUCCAGACAUACAUCCGAGUUGCUUAAUUGCCAUCAUAAGCAUAUAGGAGAGCCGGAAGUACUUUGCUUCUCCCAGGAUCUCAGAGCCAAUGUUUCUCUUGGGAGACAAGGCUCUGGCUUGGGAGCUGCCUUAGUUCAUAUGCUGUGCUGUUUGGCAUGUUUGGAUUUCCGAGUCUGGUCCCAUUUCAUUUUCUGUGUGCUAACUCGUCAGCAGAUGCCUCUGUCUGGUUCUAGAGAACCAGGAGCCCAUAUUUCCAAGAUCAAGAUUGGAGCCUUGUUUGUCACUGAAAUGUCCCAUUGGGCACAGUCCAUUUUCUCCUGGAAAGCAGGAUGCUUCUGUGUACGGGUUCCCACCUGGGAAAUGGAGUCAGGAGAGGAAAGCUUGGGUCAGCUCGCUGUGGACUGAUGAUGGAUUCCUGACUGCAGGGCCACCUUAUUGGAUUGUCCAUUCCCAUCAGCUCUGAACGCAUGCUAAGUAGCUAACUUGUCCUGCUGGUAGGGUGUGAAUGGGGAACUUCCUCAAGGCCACUUUGAAUUUUCCAUGUCAUGGCCUCCACAAACAGACAUCCACAGUCCUCCUGUUGUUUAUUUUCCCUUCCUUUCAAAAACCUACAUUCACAAUGAGAUUGGAAACCACUUUCUGCUAAGGGGUUGCAAUGGCUGCCACAGGUAUAAAUGUCCCUGCCUUUGAACCUGGGUCAGAGCCCUAAGCCAAAGAGGGACAGCCCCAAAUUGGCAUCUCAAAUACCACCCAGCAGGUGUGGGGGCGGGGGGUGGAGGUGAAGUUUCCCAGCAUCCCUGAAGCAACGCCUGCUGUCGCCAACCUUCUGUGAGCCCUGGCCAGUCCUGGCGCCUCCCUGAAUCCCUGGGUCGCUGCAAGGAGAGGUUGCUGAACGCCUGGGCAGUGUCUGUUGGACUGCAAGAUCUCCGAUCUGGCCACUGCGUGGUUUCUCUUUUGUCUCCAAUGCAGGACAAAUAAGUCUCUGGAUAAGGUGGGUGUUGAUUGAGGUGAAAGCACCAUCUGGGGGAGGAGGCCUCCCUGCUCCUCUUGGCCCUUUGCGAGUUGGCCGAAGUUACCUUCUCCAAGAGGGCCAGGUUGGUGAGCACGGGGCACCCAGCCUGGUGUGGUUUCCCAGGGGAUGGACGCGUCCCAGGUCCCCGGUUCGCUAGUGGCUUUGUGCAUGGUGGUAGCUCUCCUGUGACACACACCACCCCUUGCCCUGCCUGGAGUAAGAGCGUCAGACUCAGAUUGUGAAGACGGAAUGACUCAGGGUUGGCAUGGAGUGUGAGAUGAGUAAGAUCUUCAAACUCAAAACAGUUAGGUUCAAAUUUGGACUCUGUCAUUUACUGUGUAAACUUGGACAAGUUCCUUAACCUCUCUGGUCCUUAGCUUUCUCAUCUAUAAAAUCAAGGCUCCUUA